AUGCUUGCAAGUGUUGUUGCGAUUUUAUUUAUUAUUUAUAUAUUGUUGCAUUUAAUAAUGCAUGAAGGCCGAGAUGCUCUGGAACACACGAGUCUUUAUCAACGAGCUGACAGUGAUGAUAGUGAUGCAGAAGGAGGACUUGGAAAUGUCAGCCGACUGAUUAUACGUCCGCCAGGACACAGUGGUAAAGCAAAAAAAGGUCAUUUGUGCUUUGAUGCAGCCUUUGAAACUGGAAACUUGGGAAGAGUGGACCUAGUUUCUGAAUAUGAGUAUGAUCUGUUCAUUAGACCGGAUACAUGUAGUCCACGUUUACGUCUGUGGUUUAAUUUUACCGUUGACAAUGUUCGUGCCGACCAACGUGUUAUAUUUAAUAUUGUUAACAUAUCAAAAAGUCGUAAUUUAUUUCGUGACGGUAUGACACCGUUGGUUAAAAGUACCAGUAAGCCAAGAUGGCAAAGAAUACCACGUCGACAAGUUUAUUAUUACAAAUCACCGCAGCAUCAAAAUCAUCAUGUACUAACAUUUGCAUUUAAUUUUGAUCGUGAAGACGAUGUUUAUCAAUUUUCACUGUCAUAUCCUUACUCUUACUCGCGUUAUCUUGGUCAUCUUGAUAAUCUCUGUACAAAAUGUUCAUCAGUUAAACGUGAAACGUUGGCGUCAUCAAUUCAAAAACGUAAAGUUGAAAUGAUAACAAUUGGAUCAAAUGUUGAAGAGCGUCAACGAAGAGUUGUUGCUGUGUUAAGUCGCGUACAUCCUGGUGAAUCUCCAUCAUCAUUUGUCUGUCAAGGUUUAAUGGAUUUUUUAGUAAGCGCACAUCCUAUCGCUCAAGUUUUACGCGAUUAUGUUGUUUUUAAAAUAAUACCCAUGCUCAAUCCUGAUGGAGUUUUUUUAGGAAACUACAGAUCAACACUGAUGGGAGUCGAUUUAAAUCGAGCUUGGAAUAGAAUUUCAGAUUGGAUUCAUCCUACUUUAUCAGCGACACGUACACUCUUAGAGUCGUUAGAUAAAAAUUCUAAUGCACCACUUGAUUGCGUUAUAGAUUUACAUGCUCAUACUAAUGCCAAUGGAUUGUUUGUAUAUGGAAAUACUUAUGAUGACGUCUAUAGGUACGAAAGACACAUCGUUCUUCCAAAGCUCUUGGCUCAACAUACAGAAGACUACAAUCCAGACAAUACAAUGUACAAUCAGGAUCCCCAUAAAUCUGGUACAGCACGUCGUUUUCUAUGCUCAAUUCUCAGUGAACACGUAAAUUGUUAUACAAUUCAAGUUUCUAUGUACGGUUAUUAUCGUAAAGGUUCGCCGGAGUUACUUCCUUAUACCGAAGAAAGCUAUUACAGGGUAGGACGUAACCUAGCCCGUGUCCUCAUGGAGUAUUACAAGCUGACAGGAUUAAUACCCUCGGGACUACCCGACCAGCCGUCGAACAAACGGGGACGUCAAUCCAGACAGAGGUAUCGGCAACCCCGGGAUCCACGACCCCGGACAGCUCGAACGCCUGCGCCUUUGCAUCUUGCAAGCAUUCACGAGUAUUUCACGGAAGACUUUCCAGAAUUACCGACGGGUUCUCGGUACCGAUCAAUGAGCGGGACUAGGAUGAAUGUUGGGCCAGAUACUGCAAGUGCUAUUGGCACGACAAGUGGUAAGAACCAAAGCUACAGGUAUCGCAGCCCAGGAGCUGGACCAGUCGACGCCACCAAGUCUAACGUCCUUAUGAUGACGCAAGGACAUCAUGUAGAACCACGUUUAGCUAUUAUCGACUUUAAUCAGCUGACAAGAGGCGGUUUGGAUCGUGCAACGGGAAAAAAUCGCGCUAAAAUACCAAGAAAAUCUCCAGACCGUUUGUCUAAAUUUAGACGAUAA